GUAAGCCCAAGCGGGCGCCCAAGCGCCCAAGCUUUUGGGCUCUUGUUUCGUGUGUCUGUGCGUGCGAGGUUGUUUGUGGCCUCCAUUUCACAGUAUUUCCAGCAUCUUUGCUCCCCUGCCUGGGUGCAACAUUGGACAUCUGCUAAAUUAUCCUUGGAGCGGACGGAACCUUUCAAUGAUGUUAGCAUCGACCUAACUAUUCCCAGCUUCGAAUAAGUUUGUAGUCUAGGUCUAGCAUGGAGUCCAGCACAUGUCUAGACCUAGCGCUAGAAGGCGAAAGGUUGUGCAAAGCAGGCGAUUUCAGCGCGGGGGUUGAGUUCUUGCGAGCCGCAGUCAACGUAGGGACCGAUGACACCCGAGUACUCAGUGCCAUUUACAGUCAGCUGGGCAAUGCUUCCUUUUACCUGGGAGAUUACAGUAAGGCCUUCGAAUACCACCAGCUCGAUCUCAAAAUUGCCAAGGCGAGUGGUGACUUACUGGGGGAAGCAAAGGCCAGUGGAAACUUGGGCAACACCCUCAAAAUGAUGGGCAAGUUUGACGAAGCUAUCGGUAAUUGCGAGAGGCACCUAAGCAUAUCCAGGGACAAAGGUGACAAAAUAGGCGAAGCCCGGGCCCUGUACAACUUGGGCAAUGUGUUCCAUGCAAAGGGCAAGCACAUAGCACGCGCAAGCCAGCAAGAACCCGGAGAGCUUCCCUCAGACGUCCAGGACUGCCUUCAAAGGGCCAUCCAGUGCUAUGAGGAAAACCUUGAGUUGAUGGUGUUCCUGGAUGACCGUUCGGCCCAGGGACGUGCUUACGGAAACUUGGGGAACACCCACUACCUGCUGGGAAACUUUAGGAAAGCCAUCACCUACCACGAACAGAGGCUCAAGCUAGCAAAGGAGUUUGGGGACAAGGCAGCCCAGCGAAGGGCGAACAGCAACCUCGGCAACGCUCACAUCUUCCUUGGGGAGUUUGAAGUUGCAGCCGAUCAUUACGGGAAAACCUACCGCUUGGCCCAAGAGCUCGGCGACCGGGCAGUGGAGGCGCAGGCGUGCUACAGCCUCGGCAACACCUACACGCUGCUGCGGGACUUUGAGCGGGCCAUCGAGUUCCAUCUGAGGCACCUGCGCAUCGCCCAGGAGCUCAGGGACAAGGUUGGAGAGGGCCGUGCCUACUGGAGCCUUGGCAAUGCCCACUGCUCCCUGGGCAACCACAGGGAGGCCCUGCACUAUGCCAACCGACACUUCCAGGUCUCCAAAGAGCUUGGAGACAGAGUAGGGCAGGCGACGGCACAGAUGAGCAUUUCCGAUCUCAAGCAAGUCAUUGAAGGCCCUUCUUUCGACGAUGCAAGCAAGGCUCGGAGAGCGAGCAUGGAGCAGGUGAACCUACUGAACUCUGCUCCGGAACCCCAGCCGUCCCAGAAGCGUGGUGCGACAGAGGAGGAGGCAGUGGCAGCGGCCACCAAGCGGCAGCAGCCCAGUCCCCCCCCGUGCGUGCCCCGGGCGGGCUCCAUGGACCAGGACGCCUUCUUCGAGCUGCUCAGCGAGUUCCAGAGCAAGCGCAUGGACGACCAGCGGUGCUCCAUCACGCCCCUCGAGGACAAGGAGAACGUGCUGCCCAAUGGUUCCCCCCCCUACCCCAGCCCCACCAGCUCGGGUGCGUUGGCCCGCCCUGCGGAUGUCUCCCACUCCGGUACGGUGCCGGGCCCUGAGGACAGCGCGAGCGUGCGGGAAGAGCUGCUGGACCUGAUCGUGGGCAUGCAAAGCCGGCGCAUGGAUGAGCAGCGCACGAGCCUGCCCCAGCUGCCUGGCCUGCGCCGCAGCAACCACAACAACAACAGCCUCCACCACCGCAUGUCCGUCGGGUCUGUGCCUGAGGACGAGUUCUUUGACAUGAUCGUGCGCUGCCAGGGGAGUCGGCUCGAGGACCAGCGCAGCAGCAUGCCCACUCUGCAGCGUGCCCCAAGCGCCCCGGUGCCAAGCUCUCGGUCGGCACCCACCGUGCCAGACGAAGACUUCUUCUCGCUUAUUCUGCGGGUGCAGGCAGGCCGCAUUGAGGACCAGCGGAGCCAGUUUCAGCCCCCCGAAGCCCCUCCCUCCGCCGCGACCGCCGCUUCUUCCUCCUCUUCCUCUGCGGCUCCUGCCCCCGUCAGAAGCAGCCUCAAGGGCAGCAUCAAGUCCGCACUCAGAGGUAGCCGCUACUCCAAGUCGAAACAGUGAGCCGCAGGGCGGGGAAGGGACGCCGGCAGGCGGCUGUGAGUAGCGACGCAGUCGCAGGCCCCCGCUCUCGGGCGAGUUGCGGCGUGAAGUGUUGUUGCUGUGGUUGCCUAAGCCUUCUCGCGAGUCUGGGAGCCUUUAAGCAAGCUCGUUCGCUCUCGCUUCCGUCGUAGGUGCUUUUAGCAAGAUUCAAACUAGAGCCGCCGUCGCCGCACUUUCGGGCGUCGAGCCGCGGGAAUUAGCGGUGGCGGGCCCUUCCUCUCCCGGCGUCUGCAUUGGCGGCAAAAGCGCCGCGACCCUCUGGGAAAGACACAACUUCUCGUGCGGUUGCGACGACAAAGCAAGCGUCUUUUCCUAAAGGGAUCUGUAGAAAAAAUUUUUUCGGGGAAGACAGUGCGAUUGUCUACAUUGUCGUCGAAAGGCCAAGCGGGGAGAAACCGCAUCGGCGUAGGGCGGCCUAAAUGCGGCUUUCCGGUAAAAGUGGUGAACGAGAGAACAAGCAUGCAACAAAUUUGAGGGAAAGACGACGCCCUCGUAGGUGCCUCUCGAGAAUUGCAAAUUCUCCAUAGGGCAUCAUGCCUUGCUCAAGCCAUUUUCGAAGGGGCAGUGGCGAAUUGCUGCCCGUGUGUCGCGCUGCCACUCGUUCCGUCGGGAAUGCAUGCCAAAAUAGACAAAAAAAGAAGACUGGAAAAGUUGAGCGUUUGUUUACUAUGUAAAUGCCAUUUUUGUGUUCCCAGCGGCCGCGUACGCGGGCACGCUCGAGGCGGUGAAGUCGUAGCGUCAGUGCGGCGUGUCUCGUUUAGCCAAGGCCAAAAAGUGCUUAGCUUCUUUGACUGCAGCGCAGGGCUGUGGCGACUGCAUUUCGCAUUUUAAGCGUGGCAGGGAACGGGACAGAGUUAGCUGUCCAUUCAUUUCGUUUGCCCCGCCACGUUCGAUUGUUCCGGCAGGCUUUCCGCACGACAGUCGCAAAGUGUGGACCGACUGCUCAAAGCAAGCGGUCUCUAGUGAGCGUUGUUGACUGCAGGGAAGCAUUGUACAACCUCUGUGUGUGUGCGUGUGUAUGUGUGCCGGUCCUCUGCCGGUCCAUUUGCAUCAUCGGAGCCCCGACUUCGUUUGUCUUCUGUCCCGCUCGUGGUGGUGUUGUUUCCAUGCAGAAGAGGUGGUUUGAGUGGCCACAGCCCGACUUGCAUUUACGGACGGAGUGGAUGAAUUGUUGACGGCCAGAGCCUCGACUGUGCAGUACUCGAGCAUGUACUCAAAGUAUGGAAGGGUGCAACAGGAAGACAGACAAAAAGGAAGCCGUACCAACCUGCAUGCCGGCCGUUUAGUUUAGGGGUGCAGACAUAGUUGGACGUCUGGCUCUUUCUGGGAAACAAAGAGAAGGACUUGCCAGUAAGAUACGAGUUUUAGAAAAUUUUUUUUUUUUUUUUUUAAUUGGCCGUUUCAAGUGCAGGUGGUAAAAUACUCUCAUAGUGCAGGUGCCUCCCUUAGAGAAAUGUAGGCUCAGUAUAUUUGCGUGUCGGCGUGUUGAUUUUCUUGCAGUAUCAGGUUCCCGUUUCUUACUUGUAAUAAAGCGAUAUCUUUAGUGCAAGGCUCUAGCUUGCAAGGUCAGCUCCACUGGCUCCUUCUCCCUUCCUCUCCCUUCUUUCUUUUUCAAUCACUCGAAGGAAAUGGUUGAAAUACCCCAAUGUUCCUAAAGUUGCAAGGUCUAGAAUAUUUGUGGUCAUUUAGAGUAAUAAUUGAGUCCUCGAAAUAUACUUUGGUGUGGUCAUCAAGAGGAGGAAUAGUUUUGACUGAUUUAGGAUAUGGGGAGACCUAACCGGAAAAAGGGCAGAAAAAAGACACUCACUUGUUUCCAUCUUCCAUUUACCUCCUGCAAACAGACUAAAAUAAUGUUUGUUGAAUUUGUCGGUGGCUGUGGGGCCUAAACCUGGAAAUUACAAGUAGACAACGCGUCCCAAGGUCGGCACGGGAGAGCGUGAUGUCAAGCGAAAGAAAGUGAUGCGUUUGCUCUCGUAAUUUUAUUCUUGACAAGCAUGGUGUAGGUAGCUUCAUUAAGCAUUCGAAAGGUCCGAGGCUCCCUUUUUGUAGCCAAGUACAAAGAUAUGCUCCGAGAAUAGCAAGGUUAGAUGAAGAAGCCUUAUGUUUUCUGUCUAUGGCUGUGAUCUGCAUUCUUUGUAUUUGUUUGUCGGUGGUUCCGUCUUCUGUACUUGAUAUUGCCCUGCCAGAGUUGAAAUGUGCAACAUGUGGCACAUUCACUAGUGGGGGGAGGUUUUCCCUAAGUGUGUUUCAUGCAGCCCAACCAGCCUAGAUAUAGUGUAACAUGCAGAGGUACAGGGGGAAUGGCAAGACUACGAUUCUGCAGCCCAGCUUAACAUUAGUUUGCACUGACACCCUGUGACUCUCCACCUCACAAGGUGUGUGCAGUGCUCUCGAAGGUGCAGUUGCAGUUGUGUGGCACCUGCAGUUAAAGAGGAGGGUGAAUUUCUCCUCGGGAACCCUUCAUUGUGCACCCUAAACACUGUUUCCACGAUCAACAAAGAUUGUCUCCCCGAACUUCAAACAAAUGAACCUCCUUGCUAGAGGCUUCCACAAUGUCACUCGGAAUUUGUGAGAUGGAGCAUAAAAUCUUGAUGCUGAAAUGAAUUAAGCUAAUUAUUUUACUAUAGCCUUUGGAGCUAGAUAUUAAAUUAAUACCAAGUGCUCAGUGGAAAGUGAGCAUUGUGCUGCAUAUCUAAUGGAGUUAAGUGAAGUGCAAGCCUACCACUGCAAGACCAUCUACUCAUUAGCAAAUAGCUUUGUCAAAUGCAAUUCCAGAAACAAUGUUUAAAAACCUUAUGGUACACUUAUCAUCUGCUAUCUUAUGGUGUUACAAGAGCUCCUUAGUGUCCCCAAUGUAUCUCACUGUACAGCCUCUGAUUGGUAUCUUGUGGCCUUAUUUGCUCGUACUGAACAAUGCUGAGCUGAGCGACAUUUAUUUUGGAUCACUCCAAACCUAAUCUCGUUCAAGUGAAGUUUUUUUGGUUUUUUUGUUAGCAGUGUAAUUUAAAAGUUUUUAAGCAUUUAUAGUGAGCGCUGUAUAUGUUGCGACGCUCGUAGGUGUGUACAACCUUACACCAAGGGGCUCCAUUUUCUUUUGACGCAAGUAUUGAUUAAAAGCUUGAGAGUUUUAGUACCUUCAUUACGCCUAGUACACACUAGCAUUUUACCACGAGACAAAAAUCUGGCUGUCGUCGGAAUCUAGGAUGCUUGUCAUCCCUCGAUGUGCACUGGACUUUGGGCAGAUACCACUUGGCUAGGCCUGUUAUGGUACUAUUAAUGUUUGGAGCUUUCUAGGAUCAGAAAUAAACCAUAGAAGCGUUGGUACUUUUUUUUUUUUUUUUAGUAGGCUGUUAAAGUUAUUUUUUUGCCAGGAAAGUUAGCCUUUUGGAAGGGCAUGCUCUUGACUCUGGCCACAUCUUACUCAUUUUGGAUGUCUGCAACUUUAUUUAUAGCUCAGAAUAAUUGAGUGGGUUUGGUCAAACUUUAUUUGACGUGUUUUUCAUUGUCAAGGUGUGCUAAUUUUCAUUGUGAGUGGAACGCUAUCGCUUGCCCCCGAUUUGCGAAACGAGAAAGUUUCACAGACUCUCAGAAUUCUGGCUUUAUGCCUUCUGGUACGAUGAGCAGAAUUUAGAAAACCUGCACUGUCGGACUCGCUUUUUGUUUCAGAACUCUUAAGAACUGUGUUCUAGACUGCAAAAUUAAGAUUCUCGUUUGGGCUCCUGCAUCCUACACCGCCCCACAAGCAUCCCAUCCAUGUCUCUGCAUUGCUACGCUUUGUCCGUGAAGCGUUAGGGUGUGGGUAAAUUUUGAACUAGAAGCCUGUAGCUAGAAAGCUUUCUCUUAUUAUUGCUAGCUUAUUGAGCAUUGACAUUAUUGAAGAACCGGCGACUAUGGACCCUUGCCUCAGCCUUGUUCAAGGCCGAGGUGUCAACGCCUGCCUUUGGCCAAGUUUACGUUGCGGAAGGGGGCUCGGGGACGAACCUCGAAACCGGUUCGUUCCCGGGCAACGAGAGAGACAAUCAGGCAGUUUCGAGCCUAGGUUUCUUCGUUAUCGUUUUAUCUUUUGCGGUUGGCAAGCGAGUGGAAGCCGACUCCAUAAUUGGGGCACGUUGCUAGGCGUGGUAUGUGUGUUUCCCAGCUAAACUUUUCACCAGCUAUGCAUAUGCUUUGUCAGGGCCGAUAGAGUGCUAGAGGUACUUCCUGAAUUAGUUAGGACCCAUUUGUGCAGAGCCACGAAAGUUCCCUCCCGCUGUCGGUCGGAGAGGUGACUCAGUCUGUGCCAUGUGCGGCUGCCUCGAGCAGUUGCCGAGGGAAAGCUUCGAACAAAGCCCUCUGUGGCAAAGUGAUGUUGCAACCGGUUGCCAGUACACCAGCUUCACCGAGGCUUUGUUCCAUUUCUCCAGGGGGCUGUGUGUGAGCAGGUACGGAGGAAAGGCGUCCUUGUAAAUAGUUGUCUGAAGAAGCCAGUGUCUCGAGAGACUAAUCUUCCACGUGCGUGUUGUCGUCGUCCUUGCUAUGUGCGGCAGACUCGGAAUCCUCAUACUUAGUGUCCAACUCUGUGCGAGCCUACUCUUUUGUUUUCUGAAUACCUAUUACGAAUAUAUAUAUGUAUAUAUACCCAAACAAAUGUAGCAGUUUGUUACCAAGCUCAUUGCCUCUCAUGGAAAGUAUAUUUUUUAGAGAAAAACGAGAAAAAUGCAGCAGCCUGUUCCUUGUGCAUUCAGAUCAGGGUAGAUAGAUUGUGUUCCAUGGUUCCUAUUGUACUUUUUAUCGAUUUGUGAAAAGAGCUGUUGGAGGGACGCACGUGUUCAACGUUAUCGCAGUUAAGGGAUUCUGCAAGCCUGAUUGUCCCAGGGGUAGGUCAUGUGGCAGCUCGUUACAACAACUAGACAGAAAUGACUGUCCUUUCGGUAGUAACAUACCCGUAAUGUGGUCGCGUACGCGAGAAAACCAAUAGAACAGUCAUCGGGCUUUAGGAGUCCCUAACAUUGGUACGUAUUCCCUCAUUUGCUUUCGGGAAAUUUGUAUUUGUUGCACAGGAGGCACUCGAUAGAGGUGCGUUUUAUUCCGGUGUUUCUUUGUCAAGUGUUGUACCGUACCAUCAUGCUUUGUUUGUUUGGUUUCCUGCAGCCUCCAGAGAUAACUUGAAGGACAAAUUUUCUGCUUGGAAACUGCCGAGAAACAGUAAGAGCUAUGUUUUCAACCGAUGAAAGGACACCACUCCCCCUUUAAUUUGGAGCAACCUUAAAUUGCUGGUUUUCUCCCGGUAACGAUAAGUACCUGUACUCUACUGCCUUCAGUCACUAUCAUUUAUUUUUUUGCAUCUAGUAAUUAUCUUUGUUAAAGAACAUCACAAGUGGACUUGUACGAAGACCCAUUACAGAUAAAAUACAUGAAUUGUACCAAAA